UCCUCCCGGCCGCAGGGGGCGCUGGGGAGCCGGCUUCGGGGCCGCGUGCUGGUUGGCUCCUCGGGAAACAGACGAGACUGGACGUUGGGCCGGGCGGGCGUCGCCUCUGCGGCGUGUGUCCCCGGCGUCGCGGACCUUUCUCCAGGUUUUCAGCCUGUGAUUUGAUAACCGCCGCCGGGUGGCGUGGAGCGUCCCGAGACUUCUUCCUUCAUUGCAGCCCCUCUUCUUUUAGUUCUAGACUGAAGUUCGAGGAACGCACCACUUGGCUGAAAUUAGGAUCCAGAUUUCCCAAACUUGCUUCGGAGGAAAAAGCCCUAACGAUGGAGGACAGUGAAUUCCUAGCUUAUGUGUUUGGAUGCUUAAAGAAGAUUAUUUGAAGACGGCUUUUGGAAUCAAUUAGCAUGGACCCCAGCAGUGACUACCAUUUCCUCAGCCAGAUUUUGUGGAAGAGGGUGAAACUCACAUUGGUCUGUGGUGUCUUCGAGGGUGUGCUUCAGCAUGUUGACCCUAAUAAGAUUGUUGUCCUGAAGAAAGUGAAGAAUAUGGAGACAGGUCGAAGUGUCCCAGGAGUGAAGUUGUUUUUUGGGCAUGAGAUUGUGAAUGUGGAACUACUAGAUGAAGUGGAACAAGGCUCAGUGAGAGCAAAAGCAUCUUCUGUUAGUCUACAUGCAGAAAGAACCUGGAUGGAGAAAAUGAAAGUUGAAGACCUAAAUGUAUGUGAGCCUGCUCCUCCUGCCCCUGAAGCACCAACUACCUCUCUGCUGAAUGACCUCAAGUACAGCCCAUCAGAGGAAGAGGAGGUGACAUACACAGUCAUUAAUCAAUUUCAGCAGAAGUUUGGUGCUGCGAUACUCCAUAUCAAGAAGCAGAAUGUCCUGAGUGUGGCAGCAGAAGGAGCGAAUGUAUGUCGCCAUGGCAAACUGUGCUGGCUGCAGGUGGCCACAAAUUGCCGAGUUUACUUAUUUGACAUUUUCCUUCUGGGAAGUCGAGCUUUCCACAAUGGACUUCAGAUGAUACUAGAAGACAAGAGAAUUUUGAAGGUUAUCCAUGAUUGUCGUUGGCUUUCUGAUUGCCUCUCUCAUCAGUAUGGAAUUUUGCUGAAUAAUGUCUUUGACACACAGGUAGCAGAUGUACUUCAGUUUUCCAUGGAAACGGGUGGCUAUCUUCCAAACUGCAUCACUACUUUGCAGGAGAGUUUAAUCAAACACCUUCAAGUAGCCCCUAAAUAUCUCUCCUUUCUAGAAAAGAGACAAAAACUAAUUCAGGAAAAUCCAGAAGUAUGGUUCAUCCGACCUGUUUCACCCUCUUUACUGAAAAUUUUGGCCCUGGAAGCUACCUACCUGUUACCCCUUCGCUUGGCACUCCUAGAUGAGAUGAUGUCUGACCUAACCACCCUGGUGGAUGGUUACCUAAACACGUAUCGCGAAGGGUCUGCAGACUGGCUUGGAGGCACUGAGCCUACAUGUAUGGAGCUGCCAGAGGAACUGCUUCAACUCAAGGACUUCCAGAAGCAGCGCAGGGAGAAAGCUGCAAGAGAAUAUAGGGUGAAUGCACAGGGACUCCUGAUAAGGACAGUGCUACAGCCAAAGAAAUUAGUGACAGAGACAGCAGGGAAAGAGGAGAAAGUCAAAGGCUUCUUAUUUGGUAAAAAUUUUAGGAUAGAUAAAGCUCCAAGUUUUACAUCUCAAGACUUUCACGGGGAUGUGAAUUUACUGAAAGAAGAAUCUCUGAAUAAACAAGCUACAAAUCCUCAACAUCUACCUCCCACAGAGGAAGGGGAAACCAGUGAGGAUUCCAGUAACAAACUCAUUUGCACAGAGUCAAAGGGGUCAGAGGACCAGAGAAUAACUCAGAAAGAACACUUUAUGACGCCCAAACAUGAGUUUCAGGCAAGUUUAUCUUUGAAAGAGGAGACAGAACAGUUAUUGAUGGUGGAAAACAAGGAAGAUUUAAAAUGCACAAAACAGGCUAUUUCAAUGUCUUCCUUUCCUCAGGAAACCAGAGUGUCUCCAAGUGACACUUUUUAUCCUAUCAGAAAGGCUGUGGUUUCCACACUCCCUCCCUGUCCAGCCUUGGAGAAGAUCGAUUCCUGGAUAAGUCCUUUUCUAAAUCUGCCCUAGAGAUGGGCAGUUUGUUCUUAAGGCCAUGCAGAUGGCUUAUUUCCUUUGCCAUCAGGGCUUUCCACAGUGCCCAGUUUUCUCAUGUUGUAAAUGUAGUAAUGCUUCAGUCACAGGGGAAAAUUAUAUCCUCUUGCUUA